AAAGAAACGAAGGAAAAAAAAAACAAGAAGAGCAAAACAAAAGGAAUCAUUUGAUCAAUCCUCCCCCUCCUCCUCCUCCUCCUCCUCCUGCUUCUUCUUCUUUUCUUGCCAUGAAUGAAUCGCGCGCAUCUCCAAUUCAUUCUUCUCCGCGCUCAAUUCCUUGAUGGAAAUCAGAGUUCUUCCCCCUUUGCGUUCUGCUUUCAUUAGCUAGGGUUUGUAGCUUACUCCCUCGAUCGGGGAGCGAGAUCGAUCCAGGGAAGGAGCGUGGAAGAUUUGACUCAAAAUGUUGAACAAAUUCAUGAAGCGCGGUUCCCGCAAGGGCGCUAAGCUGGACGCAGCAGAGCCUGGCGGCAAUGUCACCGUCAACCAUGCCUCCCGCUCCGCUAUGCCCUCCGUCUCCCCCUCCACCGGCGCUCCUGUCGCCGCCGCCGGCGGCGGCAGUCUGAAUCAACUACCAACCUCCACUGCUGGCAGCGCCGCCACGCAGAUCGAGUCCCUCCCGCUCUUUCGCGACGUGUCGGUGCCCGAGCAGCAGGCGCUGUUCCUCCGCAAGCUCCAGAUCUGCGCCGCGGCGUUCGACUUCUCCGAGACGCUCGGGUUGGCCCGUGAGAGGGAGCUGAAGCGGCAGACCUUGUCGGAGCUCGUCGACUUCGUGCAGUCUGGCUCCGGCAGGCUCGCUGAAUCCGUGCAGGAGGAGCUCGUCCGCACCGUCACCGCCAACAUCUUCCGCUGCCUCCCGCCGCGUUCUUACGAGAACACCGGCUCCGAGGUCACCGACCCCGAGGAGGACGAUCCUUUCCUAGACCCUGCUUGGCCACACCUUCAGCUCGUCUAUGAACUCCUCCUGCGCUACAUCGUAUCGUCGGACACCGACACUAAGGUUGCCAAGCGCUACAUCGACCACUCCUUUGUGCUUCACCUUCUGGACCUCUUCGAAUCGGAGGACCCUCGCGAACGUGAAUAUCUCAAGACCAUCCUGCACCGCAUCUACGGAAAGUUCAUGGUACACCGCCCUUUCAUCCGUAAGGCCAUCAACAAUAUCUUCUACAAAUUCAUUUUUGAGAUCGAGAGGCACAGCGGCAUUAGUGAGCUGUUGGAGAUACUUGGGAGCAUAAUCAACGGCUUCGCACUGCCUAUGAAGGAGGAACAUAAGUUGUUCCUUGUCCGUGCGCUCAUCCCACUACAUAAGCCGAAGUCGGUUGGGAUAUACCACCAGCAGCUCUCCUACUGUAUAGUGCAGUUUGUCGAUAAGGAUUAUAAGCUAGCAGAUAUAGUCAUUAGGGGACUUUUGAAGUAUUGGCCUGUUACUAAUUGCCAAAAGGAGGUGCUUUUCCUCGGGGAGUUAGAAGAGGUAUUGGAGGCAACUCAACCUGCAGAGUUCCAGCGGUGCAUGGUUCCCUUAUUCAAGCAGAUUGCUCGCUGUCUCAGCAGCUCUCAUUUUCAGGUUGCAGAAAGGGCUUUAUUUUUCUGGAACAAUGAUCAUAUAGUGAGCUUAAUCGCCCAAAACCGGAGGGAAAUACUUCCCAUCAUAUACAAAGCACUAGAGAUGAACAUGGAGGGCCACUGGAACCAAGCGAUUAACGGUCUUACAGCUAAUGUCCGCAAGAUGUUCCUCGACAUGGACAGUGAUCUGUUCGAGGCAUGUCAACGCCAGUAUGUAGAAAAGCAAGUAAAGGCCAAAUCCCUGGAAGAGCAAAGAGACUUGUUGUGGAGAAGACUGGAGGCUGCUGCAGGAGAAGACAUGGUUAUAAUCAAUUAGGUCAAGUUUCUUUUUUUUUUUUUGUUUGCUCAUUUUUCUAAAUUAUCUUUCAUCCAUAAAACGUGUCACAGUGUCGAUAUGCCUCUGAUCAGAAUGGUUCUAAAGAUAUUCUUUUCCUUUUUUUUUCCUUCCAUUUUGGGCAUUUAGAAGAAGGAUGCAGCAGUUUAUUCCAUGCAUCAUCUUUCUUUUUGUUAGUUUAUUGUGAUCAUGACCGCUGUAAGACCAAUUGAACCAUAAUAUAUAUAUUUAUUUUCGUGAUUUUUA